UGGUUAGCAACCGAACGAAACGGAGGAGAAGUGUACCGUACGAGAAGCCUAAACCUAUAUUAAAUAAAUAGCUAUCUGUCAUCUCACUCUUAUUCCGUCUCUUUUUUUAAAUCUUUGAAGACAACAGCUCAGCAAAUCGGUCGGAAAACAUAAGAUAAAAGAAAAAAGAAUUGAACCUUGAAUUUUCGUGUUCGGGUUCAUCAAAAUCGAAUAGGUGAUAUCAGCAGAAUGGCUAAAAGCAGUUUCAAGGUUGAGCAUGACUUUGAGAAAAGGCGUGCUGAGGCUGCAAGAAUUAGGGAAAAAUACCCGGAUAGAAUUCCUGUGAUUGUGGAGAAGGCAGAGAGAAGUGACAUUCCUAACAUUGACAAGAAGAAGUACUUAGUCCCAGCUGACCUCACGGUGGGUCAGUUUGUCUAUGUGAUCCGGAAGAGAAUUAAAUUGAGUGCUGAAAAGGCUAUCUUCAUAUUUGUGGACAGUGUCCUCCCACCAACAGGUGCAAUUAUGUCAACCAUCUAUGAUGAAAAGAAGGAUGAAGAUGGGUUUCUGUAUGUCACAUACAGUGGAGAAAACACAUUUGGCUAGCAGAACAUGCACUGACCUUAUAGCCAUGUUAAUGUUGUCCUUUGAUUAAAUAAUUAAUAAUUGUAGCAUUAUGCCUUAAAUAUGACAUUUCUGUGUUUUCGUGUAUAGUUUCACUGUAUAUAGCUUCUCAAUAGACUAAAAUUUUAGACCAAUGAGCAAUUUAAAAUUCA